AAAAUGUUUGAACAAUUAUUGAAAGAUAUUGAUGAAAAUAGUAAACAAUUAACACGUUUUAUAUCGGUAAUCAUAUCGACAACUACAAUGGAUUCAGCAUAUUUAGUAUUUUUAUUGUUUAUGACUAAACAUCCAAUCAUGUAUCAAAUUCUUUAUUUUAGUACAACAUUAGCAAUAAUUGGAACAUUAGCAUCAUUAAUUUUGGGCUGUUCAAUAAUCUGUAGUACUAAUCGUAAAUUGUUAAAAUUAAAACAAAAAUCUUUGUUAUUGUUUAUUAUGCAUGGAAAUUCUGGAAAAAUUUUCACCACAUCACAAAUGUUAAAGUUUGAUUCGAUAACAAAUACUUUGCUAAAUCAAUCAUUAGGCUUUCGUUUGACAAACGGAAUAACAAUUACAUCAUACACAUUCAUUACUAUCAUCUUUAAUAUUAGUACAUUUUUCUUUCUCAUUUCACCACACAUUUAUUAA